CUUGAUGCAGCUCAGUUGCACAUGUGCGUAGCUAACGUAAAGGCCACAAACAUGUCUGUCUGGAGGGUAGUAGAUGCUUGAACAAAGGUAAAUAUAAGGUUUGGAUAAAGGUAUGGACUCAUCUUUUAUGGAUUAAUAGACUCUACAGGCUGCUGAGCUGAGCUUCUCCAGGGCAGACUUUGUGCCUGUGGACAUAUUUCCAACGACUUUUAAGAUGUGGCUUUUAAAUUUUGCACACCAGCACAAGUUGCUGCGUGUUUGGAGGCUGCACACACCUGCAUCAGUUUCAGCUGUUCGCUUUCAGGUUGAGUCUUAUCAUUUCUCAGCUGCUCUGCGUUGCCCAGAGGAUAGAAGAUUGAACCCUGGAGCCAGGAGACGCCUCAGUGUCCAACACAAGCCUGCAGACAGACAAGAGAGGGCAGCUCAGAGUGGAGCCUUUAAAAAUGAGACGUUCCAGAAGCGCUAUCAGCGGCGAGGAGACGACUGCAGAGUGUCAGCUGAACUCAGGAAGCUGUGUCUGGAAGAUUUCCCCGCGGACAAAGAGAUGCAGCGGAGACAGAAGUCAGCGCCAGCCUCCAAAGCAGAAGAAUCUGAGAUAGUCUUUGGCGUUGCUCCUUGUCUGCUGGCGCUCACUCAGGGCAGACGGAAGGCCUGGAAGCUGUUUGUUAAAGAAGGGGAGUCCUCUCGAAGGGCUUCUGUGAUAAAGGUGUGUGAGGAGGCUCAUCAGAAAGGAGUGCAGGUUCAUCGGGUCAGCAAGAAGGAUCUGGACAAGAUGUCUUCUGGAGCAGUGCAUCAAGGGGUGUGUCUGCAGGCCAGUCCUCUGAGAUACCUCACUGAGGACUCGGCAAACAAAGGAAAAGACUCCAGCCUCCCUCUGUGGCUCGUCCUGGAGAGGAUACAGGACCCGAUGAAUCUCGGCGCCAUCCUUCGCUCUGCCUACUUCCUUGGCGUGGACAGAGUGGUCAGCAGCCUUCGCCACAGCUGUCCUCUGUCUCCGGUGGUCAGCAAGGCCAGCUCAGGGGUCAUGGAGGUGAUCGGGGUGUACGGGUAUGAAAACCUUGGAGAUAUGCUGAAGAUGAAGGCGGCUCAGGGCUGGCAUGUGGUUGGAACUGUGGGGCCUGAAGCAGAGGUUCCUGUCACCAAGUGUUCAGACUUCCAGAUGACCAAACCCACGCUGUUGCUGAUGGGAGGUGAAGGGGAAGGACUCUCCCAGGAGCUGCUGUCUCUGUGCCAAACUCUCCUCACCAUCCCAGCUGGUAGAGACCUUUUCCCCGGCAUCGAGUCCCUCAACGUCUCCGUGGCUACAGGAAUCCUGCUCCACUCUCUGCUGCACUCCAGGAGGCUUUCAGAUGAUGAAAACCAAAGAUAUCUGCUCCACCACAGACACAAAAGGAACUAAGUAAAGAAAACGAGCAUAGGUUUCAUCUGAUUAUUGAAGGGGACACUUUGCAUUGCAUUCCGGUGAUCUUUAUGCAGUGAUUUGUCUCUUUACUGCUUUGAUUCAUGGCAGAAAUGUCUUUAUUUAUGGAAGGAAAACCUAGAAAUUGAUGCACCAGGUGACAAUUCAAAGCAAAAUGCAACUUAUACAGAUCGAAUUAUGUUUUCUGCAAAAGAAUCGGGUUUUUUAGAGCACAUAAUUCUUAUUUUGAAGGUAAAAAGAGACCCAGUGUUGAGGAAACAUGAUCCACUCUAGCCGAAGCCUUUUUUGGUCUAUUAGUAACAUUACAGUGGUCUUUAUGUGUGCAAUUGAAUAUUUCACUGUAAUCCUCCAAAAUAACGGAAAGAAUGAUGCUUUAAACCCAUUCAUUGUCAAUCACGUCCAUGAAAAUUUACAUUUUCCCAGUGAAGGAUCAAUAAAGUUUAUCUUUGUAUCGAAA